AUGAAUAAAACGGACUCCUACGAGAUGUUUGUGGAGAUGGAUAAAAUGGAUGGGGACAUGGAUGUGAAGAUCAAGAAAAAGAAAAAAAUGAAGAAAAAGGAGCGAUUGGAGAACAUGAAGAAGGAGAUGGAUAUUGACGACCACGAGAUCACGAUUGAGGAGUUAGAGUCCAGAUACACGACAAAUAUCACAAAAGGCAUGUCCUCGAGGAUAGCUGAGCAGAUCCUGGAGCGCGACGGCCCCAACGAGCUGAAACCACCCAAAGGGACACCCGAGUAUAUUAAGUUCGCCCGACAGCUGGCUGGAGGUCUGCAGUGUCUGAUGUGGGUUGCCGCUGUCAUCUGCUUCAUUGCUUUUGGCAUCGAGUGUGCAGAUGGCGACAUCGCCAGCUAUGACGAUCUUUAUUUGGCCAUCACUCUCAUCACUGUGGUCGUUGUGACUGGCUGUUUCGGCUACUACCAGGAAUUCAAGAGCACCAACAUCAUUGCCAGUUUCAAGAAUCUGGUACCUCAGCAAGCCACAGUGAUCCGAGAUGACCAAAAGACCCAGAUCAACGCCAACCUGCUGGUGGUGGGUGACCUGGUGGAGAUUAAAGGAGGAGACAGAGUUCCUGCUGACAUUCGUGUCAUCACAUCACAGGGUUGUAAGGUGGAUAACUCAUCUCUGACUGGCGAGUCGGAGCCUCAGACCAGGAGCCCAGAGUGCACACAUGAGAGUCCACUGGAGACCCGCAAUAUCGCCUUCUUCUCCACGACCUGCUUAGAGGGUGUAGCUACAGGGAUUAUCAUCAACACCGGUGACCGCACCAUCAUCGGACGCAUCGCCAGCCUCGCUUCAGGAGUGGGCAAUGAGAAAACCCCGAUCGCCAUCGAGAUCGAGCAUUUUGUCGACAUCAUCGCUGGUCUGGCCAUCUUCUUUGGCUUCACCUUCUUCGUUGUUGCCAUGUUUAUCGGUUAUGCCUUCUUGGAGGCCAUGAUCUUUUUCAUGGCUAUCGUGGUGGCUUACGUGCCUGAGGGACUUUUAGCGACUGUUACUGUGUGUCUGUCCCUUACGGCGAAACGUCUAGCCAGGAAGAACUGUGUGGUGAAGAAUUUGGAAGCUGUGGAGACUCUGGGUUCUACGUCCGUCAUCUGCUCGGAUAAAACAGGAACCCUGACACAGAACCGCAUGACCGUCGCUCACCUGUGGUUCGACAACAUGAUCCACGCUGCAGACACAACUGAGGACCAGUCAGGUCAGAGUUUUGACCAGUCCUCGGAGACGUGGAGAGCACUAGGACGAAUUGCAAGUCUGUGCAAUCGGGCCUUUUUCAAACCCAAUCAGGAGACGGUGCCGGUGCCCAAGAGAGUAGUGGUGGGCGAUGCCUCUGAGACAGCGCUGUUAAAGUUCACUGAGUUGACCAUCGGAAACAUCAUCGACUACAGAGCACGAUUCAAAAAGGUCUGUGAGGUGCCGUUCAACUCCACCAACAAGUUCCAGCUGUCAAUACACGAGCUGGAGGACCCGCUGGACCUGCGCUACCUGCUGGUGAUGAAGGGAGCGCCAGAGAGGAUCCUGGACCGCUGCUCCACCAUCCUGAUUAAGGGUCAGGAGCUGCCGCUGGACGAGCAGUGGAAAGAAGCCUUCCAGACCGCGUACAUGGACCUGGGAGGACUGGGAGAGAGAGUGCUGGGUUUCUGCCACUUGUACCUGAAUGACAAAGAGUUUCCUCGUGGCUACAACUUCGACCCAGAUGAAAUGAACUUCACCACGUCUGGACUUUGCUUCUCUGGCCUCAUCUCCAUGAUCGACCCUCCUCGUGCCACUGUCCCUGACGCUGUGAUGAAAUGUCGUACGGCUGGCAUCCGAGUCGUCAUGGUUACCGGCGACCAUCCCAUCACGGCGAAGGCGAUCGCUGCGAACGUGGGCAUCAUAUCAGAGGGCAGUGAGACGGUAGAGGACAUCGCCAACAGACUGCGCAUCCCUGUGGAGCAGGUGAAGAAAAGAGACGCUCGUGCUUGUGUUAUUAACGGAGGUCAGCUGAAGGACAUGACCAGCGACGAGUUAGAUGAAGCUCUGAGGAAUCACCCAGAGAUGGUGUUCGCCCGAACAUCUCCCCAGCAGAAGCUCAUCAUCGUGGAGAGCUGCCAGCGUCUGGGCUCCAUCGUGGCAGUAACAGGAGACGGAGUAAACGAUUCCCCGGCUCUGAAGAAGGCAGAUAUCGGUAUUGCGAUGGGCAUUGCUGGCUCUGACGCUGCUAAAAAUGCUGCAGAUAUGAUCCUCCUGGACGACAACUUCGCCUCUAUCGUAACUGGAGUGGAACAGGGUCGGCUUAUCUUUGAUAACCUGAAGAAAUCCAUCGCCUACACUCUGACGAAGAACAUUCCAGAACUGACUCCAUACCUCAUCUACAUCACGGUCAGCGUGCCCCUGCCUCUGGGCUGCAUCACCAUCCUCUUCAUCGAGCUCGCCACGGAUAUCUACCCCUCAGUGUCCCUGGCCUAUGAGAAAGCCGAGAGCGACAUCAUGCAUCUCAAACCCAGGAACCCACGCAGGGACCGGCUGGUGAACGAAGCCCUCGCCGCCUACUCUUACUUUCAGAUCGGAGCGAUCCAGUCUUUCGCAGGAUUCACAGAUUACUUCACGGCGAUGGCUCAGGAGGGCUGGUACCCUCUGCUGUGUGUGGGCCUUCGCUCUUAUUGGGAAAACGUCACACUGCAGGACCUACAGGACAGCUACGGACAGGAAUGGACAUUCAGUCAGCGUCUGUAUCAGGAGUACACCUGCUACACCGUCUUCUUUGUCAGUAUUGAAGUCUGCCAGAUUGCUGAUUGCUUAAUCAGGAAAACUCGCCGACUGUCUUGCUUCCAGCAGGGCUUCUUCAGAAACCGGGUGCUUGUGAGUGCAAUAAUCUUCCAGCUGUGUCUCGGUAACUUGUUGUGUUACUGCCCAGGGAUGCCGAACAUCUUCAACUUCAUGCCUAUCAGGGCGCAGUGGUGGUUUGUACCGCUGCCAUACGGCAUCCUGAUCUUCGUUUAUGAUGAAAUAAGGAAACUCGGCGUGAGAAGACACCCAGGCAGUUGGUGGGAUCAGGAGUUGUAUUACUGAGAGGACGUCGGCAUUACUUGUUAUUUGGUGUUGUAAAAUGACACCUGACUUCUUCA